AUGACGACUCAGCGUACAUUUGAGAGGCACGAGGAGAAGCGAUGGCCGGAUACUCUUCAAUGGAUUUGCUGGGCAAAGAAACGUGAUUUGUUUGCUGGUGCAUCAACUGCUGGCGACGUGUUUAUAUCCAGAAUGUCUUGGAAGCGAGUAUGGAAUUUAAAGAAUUCGAAAUUUGAUCAGGCUCAAAUAACUGCUCUCGCUUGGAAACCUGAUGCGACAAUGUUGGCUAUUGGAACAUCGCUUGGAAAGGUCUAUAUUCACGAUGUGGAAACGUCAGAGCUCGUACACGUCAUUCAACAAUCGGCACCUGCAUCGAGUUUUACAUCGCCACGAAUCACCACGCUGUACUGGGUAGAUGAUGUCAAGAUCAACCAGAAAACUCAAGACGUGUGGCAAGACUCGUCUCGACCAUAUACAGACUACCUUCCCAGCUUGUCUGCUCUUCCACGUCCUGGAGCUAUGGUCCCGCAGAUUGGACGAGAUGAGCUGAAGGCAGAAUCAAUGCAUGUGUUGGUGGUGGGUGAUGAUCAAGGCAGAUUUUCACUCAAUGUGGAUGGAGCUUUUCAUCUUGGAACAACUUCGCUCUUGUCUUUUCAAAAACUGCAUCUAAAGGACACAUGCAUCAUCGGCGCAUCUCUAACGCCAGACUUGACGAUCCUCUCAUUGGCUAUAACAGCCCACUCAGCGUCACUAUCAGAUGGACCUGGAUCACCACUAGCAACCCCAACUCGAUCAUCUAAGAAGGCACCCACAUCAUCCAAAGAACCCUCUCACGACUUUUAUAUUGCUACAAUCGACACGAAUCUACUUCACUUCCGUAAAAAUGAAGUUUGUGCAUUGGCAUUUAGGUCCACACAAGCCAAUGUCUUGUUGAAUUACUUGGACGAUGCAGUCAAACUAUUGGAUGCUGAAUAUGAUAAUGUGAAUAGUUUGAGAGAACAGCAUAUCAGGACGUUCGUUAGAAUAUUAUCUGAUUAUGGCACUGGAUCCACACCAUAUGAUGAAAUGAUGACCAUGUUGUGGGUAGGCCAUAGAUCUGGAGCUAUCCGUCAAUACUUACAACAUGAUUUGGGAGAGCGAGUCUUGACCAAAUGGGAAAACACUGUCGAAACAGCAUAUUUGGCUAUGAAGAAGCUCAUAAUCAUUAAUCUUCGACCUGGUGCACAACGAUUGCUACUGUUCCUCACCGAGUUAUAUGGUCUAAGUCGGUUUGAAGAGCAACAUCAACAAAUUGGAUUGAACAUGUCUCAAGUCCAGUUUUGCUUGAAACGUGCUGGGCAUUUGAUGGCAGCUCUAGAUCGACUUAUGACAGUGCUGCAAGACGACAUGAAGAACUUUACACAGUUUGGAGGAUGGUUGAGGAAUGGAAAGUCUGUGGUGCAGCCCGCCGAAUCACAAGAAGAAUCAGCACAAUGGGAUACUAAACGUAUCGCCAAAUACCUAAGCACAUCCUUCCAACAUGAUAUAUUGGGUAGUUUCUUUACCUCUCCAACAUCUCCAGACGUCACAAUUACCGAUGCAACUGCCACCACUACAAACGAAUCAGCUGGUUUCUUUUAUGAUUUAGAGUCUGAGACAGCUAAAGCUUCUUUGAUCACCAUCAUGUCUGAAUUGAGAUCCGUGUGUAAUACUAUAUUUGAUGUGCCGGCUGCUUUUAUGGGUUCUAAUGUUAGGUUGGCUGGAUUUGCUAAAGUGAUUACAGAUAUGGAUGCUACUCAGAAGAUUCAGUUGUCUAUGAGGCUUGUGAAUGGACCGAAUGGAAUGGUUCAGUAUCUCGCGUUUCAAGAUCCUACAUUUAGAGAUAAAUCACAAAUAUGGAUUGUACGAUUCAAUGCCCAACUACGCAAACCACCAAAAGGUUUUGUAUCUGGAUAUGAAUCCCCUAGUAGUGUUAAAUGGUCUGGCGAAGCUGUUCGACUUCUCUUGAGUGACAGCCAAAACUCGACCCCAUGUGAAGUGCAGGACUUGCAAUUGUAUGAUGACGACGGACUGGUCAUUUUCAGCAAGACAGAUGGCCAACAACGCCUAUACAUGUUCCCAUCCUACACUGAUCUACCAUAUCGACCAGUAUCUGCAUCCGGCCUCGUAUCUCACUCUCCAUCAAUCCUGACGAGCUCUGGUAUUCCACCGAUACCUAUAAAUUUGGAAUCUCCAUACUCUAUAGACAGGUUUGAUGUCGUAUCAUUGUCCGUGCACAAGGAUUUUGCAAGCUUGCUGCAUUCAGAUAAGGUUCGGAUUCGCACAUUGGCUGUAACGGAUCAGCAGCAAACCGAAAAUGAUGAUGACGAGGAGGAGGGUGAUGAGAUGGAUGAGGAUGAUGUAUUUGAGAGUGCUCAAUCGUGA